GUCGCAGGAAAUUCCUACUACGAAUGUCGGGUAAUUGAAUUAUUGCAGAUAUCAAGAGUUUUAAGAGAUAUAUUUAAAUAAAAAAACAAUGUCAUUGAUAUUAAAUAAAUUAUUCUUAGCUGGAUCAAUUUUUCGAAGUAAUCUAACUGCAAAAGUUAUUUCUACGAAAUUCAUACGUUCUACGUCUACAAAUUCUAACGAGGUAGAUGUAAUAGAAGAGAAUGGAAUAAAAUAUCCAGUUUUGAAUGUUACAAAAGACAGAACUAAAAUUAUUCCUGCUGAAACUAGUAUACAAUAUUUACAGAGUACUGCUUACAAACUAACUUAUGGAGACUAUCCAGUGUGGAAGUUUUAUAGGCGCAAUUUUAAAGGACAGUUUGCACCGAAAAAGACAAGGAAAAUGUGCAUUAGAGGUGGAGUGAUUUCCACUGGUAAUCCUUGUCCAAUCUGUAGAGAUGAAUAUUUAGUUCUUGAUUACCGUAAUGUUGAGUUGUUAAAACAGUUUAUUUCCGAAUACACUGGAGAAAUCUUAAGUUAUAGUUAUACUGGUAUUUGUCAAAGAUCUCAUAAUAAUCUUCUUGCUGCUAUAAUGAAAGCAAGGGACUAUGGAUUACUUACAUAUGAUGUUCAUUAUAGGUAUUAUGAUCAUUCAGAGUGGCAAAAUUAAUUAUUAAAUUUUAA